ACAUAAUAAAUUUUAACAGAUGAAAACAAUAAGCGAGUAGAACCGUUAUGUUAGAGGAGAUACGCAUAAAACUAUCCCAGGCUUCACAUUUCUUAGUACGACCGAUGUGCUACGGAAACAGUUUCCAUGCUUAGUUAUACAACACAGACUUGGCAGAGUGCGUCCGCCAUUACUGUCUGUCUCUCUACGGGUCUCUGUUUUUGAUGCUCGUGUGCUCGUGCGUGAAACCGAGUUAGGCAGAAAAAGAAAACAUUAAUAAAUUGACUUCAGGUCAAUAAAUACACUAGCAGAUCAUACAGUAACACAGACAAGAUCAUGUUUCCGCCAUUACUAACCAUUGUUUACUCCUAUCUCCUGCUAUACGCAGACACAAAUACACACACGCACACACAGAGAGAAACAGGAUGAAAGGUAUUGUGCAGCAACAACGUUGUAAAGGUUUGGGUAUAUCUUAGUUUAAGUCAUUGCUGUUGCGUUCCACUGAAAGUUGCUUUUUGUGUUUACGACGGAACAAAAUUAUCCUCCGUGGCACUAAUUUAAUGUUUGACAGUCAAUGCAUAUUCAUCCGCGACUACGUGAGUGUCAGGAGCAAAGGAGUACCCGGAUGGACUGUCAUGGCCGCCGUCGAUGUGGUUCUUCUGAGAAGAGAGAAGGAAGGCUGAUGUUUUGUUGUAUGUUCCUUUCAUGCUUGACCUUCUUUAACAAUGCUGGACGUUGUUGAGAAACAGCCCGAGCUUCCUUCGACUUCAUAGUGUUGAAACGGUUUAUCACCAUUCAGUGAUUAGGAGGCGAUAGAUGUCCUGCUCCAACCCCUCACUGUCGGAUCAUUCCUUCCCAAGAAACAUUGGAGUCAUCGUUGCUUCCUGAACUAUAUGGCUCAAAAAAUAUGGUGGCAGUUCUCCAGUAGGACCAGCUCCCUCUUUUUCACCACUCCAUCUAGCUUCUUCCUUCUUCCAUGGUAAAUGCACGUUCUAUGCAGAAAGAAAUUCUCCAAUCUGAACUAUGGAAGACUUCACACUAUCCCAGGAUCCAAACAAAAAUUCAUCAGGUGGGGAGGAAGAAAAAGAUGAGGGGAAAGAUUUGGUCUGCAAGCAUUUCAGAGAAGUAAAUGAUGGGCCCCUCUUCCAUAAUACUGAUGAAUCUAUCACAAAGGACAAUGGAAGUGUGAUUAGAAAGGAUGACCAAACUGUCCAAGGCCGUUGUAAAAUUCAGCAGCGCGCUGUUUUCUCUGGAAAAAUUCUUAGUUUUGGAUGCUCAUUGUGUAAAGACAAUUUGACAUUUAGCCCCAAUGAUCUCCUUAAACAUUUCCAAGCAGUUCAUCAAGGAUCCCUUCCCACCUACCCUUGUGACUUGUGUGAUUUUGUCACAAAUGAGUUUCCUGCACUUCAACGUCACCGAAUUGAGCACAGGAAUACUCUGGUUGCAUGUGAGCUCUGCAAUGACAAUGUUCAGUAUUCCCUGCUUUUACUUACCAGACACUACAUGAUGUGUCAUAGUAUAAACGGAGAGUUUAAAUGUGACUGGUGCGAGUUUACUACUGUUGAUGCAGGAACAUUUGUUCAGCACAUCCAUCACCAUAAUGAGAGUCAUUGGAAAUGUUCAAAAUGUAAACAUAUUAGCUUAAAUGAAGAAGAUCACCAUAAUCACAUGAAAGCUCACUCUGGUCCAUUUACUUUCACUUGUCCAAUUUGUGGAUUUGGCACAGCAGAAAGUGAGCAGCUUAAAAAGCACACAGUAGCUGUUCACAAAGAGGAGGCACAGCGAAAGAGUGCUCUAAAGGUUGCUGAAGACUGUGAUUCACCAACAAAUUCUUCUACAAAUACAAAACUGUAUAAAAAGAUUGCAGUUUCACAGGAAACACAAGGGAUGUCAAAAUUGAACUCUCCCCCUAGAACUGUACCAAGUGAAAAUGGCAGACUAACCAAACAAGAAUUUCCUUUGGAGGAAAUCCACCACUUUACGGAUGGGACUCUCGGACGAAAGGACAACAGAAGUCGGAUCUUUCAUAAUGCAGAACACUCGACUUCAGUCAUGUUACAGGAAUGUGACAAUGCAAAUAAUUCAGACACUGGAAGUCAUCCCAAUGCCAAUGGGCUUACUGUACUGAUGGUGAAAAACAAAAUCUCCCUUCCCCCUAAUUGUACAACUAAAGUGAUGGGAUUCAAGAUAGUUGAUGGCAAAAAGCAUUUGGUUCUCAAAGUAAUACCAACAGCAAAGCAAAAUAUGUCUUCUCAGAGUCAUUUAUUAAUGGAUGGUGUAGGUCCUUUGGUAUCAAAUCCUGUGAUAUCAAAAACAAUGGACUCCAUUGAGACUGAGCAGUACUCUGAAUGCAAGGGCUCCACAUCAAAAUGUGUAGCUGUUUCACCAAGAAACGGAUCUUUGCUUCAAAUGGAUCGUGAUGAUAUUAUGGCAGUAAAAGUGAAGAUUGAGGAGGAGGAAACCUCUGUUUGUCAUCUUAAUUCUACUCCGUACUCUGAUAGUGAACAAAUAAAUCCCUCACAAAACCGGUUUUACUCGGUAGCGGGUGAAGGUCACCACAGCUGUGAGUCUGUGUGUACUGACACAGGCAAGAUAGCAGAGUCUGGGAAUUCAGGUGCUGCAAAUUUAAAAUCUGAUGGAGGUACCUAUGGAUCUGAAAUGAGUAAUACUAAAAUGGAAUGUGAGGAUAUUAGUGCUAGUCAAUCUCCUUUAAAUGCUGCCCAGAAAACAUUGCUUUCCAAAAGUGUCUGCAGAGAAACUGUGAAGAACAGCAGAACCACAGAAGAAUCAAUUCUAACCAAUGAUUUUGGCGGAUUAUGCAAAAAAAACAAAGACAACUUUGCUACCAACACAUUCAUGGAAAAUGGAAGUAACAUUUGUCAGCAAAUUGUAAAACACAUAGAAUCUUCGUCUCAAUUGCCAAAACCCUUUUCUUGGGAAGGCGUGGGCACAGGAAAAGGUGAACCAAAAACAUCAAACAAGGAGGUGUUUACUUUUCACAACUAUUCAAAGGAAAUGUUAAGCUCCUCACCAGUACAGAGCAAUUCCCAAAACUUGCUCUGUACUAGCGAAUAUUCUGAACCGACAAAAAAUGCUUGGGAUCCAUCACAGUUUAGUUUGAGAUUAACAGAGUCUACAGAACACAGUGCAGGAAAUACAGAUGGGGAUGGGGAGGUUGAUGAGUGCAUAGCUGAUGAUAAUCUUUUGAGUGAGGAAAAUGGAGAUUCAGUUCUUCAAGACUUUAAUAUCAUCAAAAUUGAGGAAGAUGGGAUCCCCAUAUCCACAAAACAGCCAGAAACAAAAACUAGUUUACAUUCUAUAGAAAGUUUUGUCAAAGAACAUUCGAAUGCUAUCAUUACUCGACAGCUUAAUAGAGAAAGAACAGGACUUUCACAUGCAAGAAAUGUCUUUUUAAAGCAAGCUAAAAAACCUCUUCAAAUUCUCCAGUUGCCUGGUGGAAAGCAACCAGUACUCGUGAGAGCAACCAACAUCCAACCAACCAACAAUAAAUUUGCCAUGCCAGUGCAAGUCACUGCCACUCCAGGUUUUAAAUUCCUAACUAGUUCUCCAAAUCCUCAGGUCACUUUAUCUUGCAUGAAACAACAGUUUAAUAACCUGAGUAACACUACUGGUGUAGUGCUUACUCCAAAAGCCAACAUUGUAGGUAUAUCAGCAGAAAAUCCACAAGCCACAGAAAAGGGGACUGUUCUCUCUGCUGUACGUUCAGGUGGUAGCACCUCCUCAAAUCACUACUUUAUCAACAGUUCAGGUUUCAAGAGACCCGUGCUUCUUUCAAGAACACUGCAUAGUCCAUCAACAAAUACAGCAGCAAAGGCACAACCAACAUGCUACUUUGUGCAGAGGUCUAUCCCAUCUGCUCAUAACCCAACUAAAUCUAGCUUCAAAUUGCCAGGUCCUCAACUCUCAGUCAACUCACAACCAGUUCUGGCAGGAACUUUUCCAGAAAAAUCCAGCACUCCACAAACGGGUCGUCAGGCGUACUUGCUUCGAUACGUUUCGCCUUCUAGAUCAAGCCUUUUUGGAAAUAAGCAAGAGGCAAAGAACAGAGCUAUUUUGAGCCAGAGCAGUGAAUGUCCUGGGAAUAAAGUUAUAUUUAAAAUAGUUUCGCCCACUGCUCACCUCAAUACUGCUCCCACAUCAAGCAAGCAACCUUUGCUUUUGGCCAGCAGACCUCAAGGGCAGUGCUUCCUAGUGUCUGCAAACAAAACUUGUCCGACAUCUCAAUUGAUCAGUAUACAAAAUAAUGUACAUGAACAUCCAAAGGAGCCUAGAGAGUCACCUUCAGUCAUAAAUGGAAACCUACAGCCAUGUGAAGCAAAUAGGCUCCUCCUUGCUCCAAGGCUUGUAAGCCAAAGGAAAAGACACAAGAAAACUUUAUUUGAUGAGCUCCCAGCAAGCCUGCAUAAGGUUAAUAGGCUCUCAAAUAAGGUGCUGACUGAAAAAGACAAUAUUUUAUGGUCGCCAGCUGGCAAAGAAGUGGAAAGGAUGCUGAGACUUGCACCACACAGCACAGGACAGCAGAUCAAAUAUCCCUGUAGAGGCCAACCUGUUGUGGUGCUUAAUCAUCCUGAUGCUGACAUUCCAGAAGUGAUGAACAUAAUGAAGGCAGUCAACAGGUACAAAGGUGCUGUCACAAAAGUUGCUCUAAGUCAAAAGACAGUUCAAGCCCUUGCUGAGUUUAGUGGUCUUGUGAACAAUUGCUCUGCAUCUUCAAAUGAAUGUGUUUCAAGACCUAGACCUGUUCUGAGUUCUGUCCGAGAACGAUUUCUCCUGAAAUUAAAACUAAGAAAGAAAAACAAAAAGAAAUAUGAAGUAGUGAAAACUUUAUCUGCAUGUGGACAAGCCUCAAUGGUGUUUGACUGCUGGUUUUGUGGUCGUCUUUUCAACAACCAAGAAGAUUGGAUUGGCCACGGCCAAAGACAUCUCAUGGAGGCAACAAGAGACUGGAAUAAGCUCUUCUGAAAGUUUUACACCAUUCAGAAAUGGUUAAAUGUUUUUUUUUUUCUCAUAGAACUUUUGAUGUAAUGUAAAGAUCCUAGUUUCUUUUUUCAUCACUUAAAUACAUAUUGAGUGAAUUACACUUUUUUAUGCAUAUCAUGGCAAAUGUAAACAUGAUUUUUGCCACCCAUGUUAGUUUAAAUGUGAAAACUGUAUUUUGUAAUCAGAGGUGUGGAUGUGGAGUAUUGACUGAAGGGGAACAAUUAGACCAAAUAACUCAGGUGAUUUCAUAUUAUUCUUUGUCAUUUUCUGCAUUGUUUAUUAAACCAUACUUCCUGGACAUGAUGUACAGCUAACUGUAAAAACAUAGACAACAGUAAAAGUGACUUUACAAUGUUACAAACUGUCUGAAUCAGAUGAUGGAAUUGGAGUUCUACUUUACACUUAAGAAUCAGCUUGAAUGCUUGUCAUUUUUGAGAACCAAUAGACCUGCAGUUGUUUUCUGCUACCUGUGCAAAGCGAGAAAAAAGUUGGUUCUAGUCAAAUGCUCACUUCAUAGAACCUGUCUCUUUUCUUGUUAGGCUUCUGUGGUGAUUGGCUUCCAGGUCAUAUUGUAAAUAUGUCUUCCAUUUGUACAGCGAAAUGAUGGGUAUCUUUUGCUUUUUUUUAUUCAUUUUUUGUAUUCAAACUCCAGUCCUCCAGUCGCUGUCCUGCAGUUUUUAGAUGAGCCACAGGUACUAAACAGUGGAAUGAAAUGGCUUAAUUUCCUCCUCCUUGUGUAGACCAGUUCUCCAGAGCCUUAAUGACCUUAUUAUUCUAUUCAGGUGGUGCAGCAGAGGCACAUCUAAAAGUUGCAGGACUGUGGCCCUCGAGGACUGGAGUUUGAGGCCCCUGACCUAGUGGGUAGCCAGUUUGUACAGAAAGAGCUGCCCUAUUCAAAGAUGUAGAUUUGACUGGAACUAAAUAAUUGAUUUCUAAAGCUAAAGGGCCCUCAGAAAAAGCCUCAGUCUGAGUGUUCCAGUCAUUCAAGCAGGUCCAAUGGACAUGGCAAAAGGCUGAAGUAUAGCUACUGCUUGUUUUCCCAAAUCUAAAAACAAUGCCAGUGAUCACAUGGUUCUGUGGUUCUGCUGUUGGUUCCAUGGAAAAGUUAAUUUUAUGUAGAGGGGUGUUGGCUGGAUCAACCCAUUUUUUAUAGAAGUACAGCAUGCUAUGGUCUAAUUAUUGCACAUUGUUUCUAAUAUGAGCAAGAGUGUAUAAAAAAUUAUAAGCACCCACUCAUGUUAAUAUUUUUUUAAUAUCAAAAUGGAGCCCCUUCAACAAUGUCUCGAAAGACAUUUUUGUAUGUUUUAACUGUUCAUAAUUGAAUCCUGGUAACUGCUAAUAUUGGUAGAUUGUGUGUGAUGAGGACUUGGACUUUACUUAAAUCUACUGUAUAUCUGCACAUUGUCAUUAUGUCUCUUCUGCUUUAAACCCAUUUUAUGUUACAUUUCACAAUUUUCCUACUUCCUGGACUUUAGAGUCUCUGAAUUCUUUGAGUUGAAAUGAUUGUAGUACAUGAUAGGUGGUCCAUAAAACAUGUUUUCUUCCCUCUUAGUAUGCAAACCAUUUUGAGCAACAAGCCAUGCUACUGUUUUGUAUUUACAUAAUUGUUCCAUAGAAAGAAGAAAGAAACCCAUUUGCUGAGCAGAUACUUUGGUAAGGUUUUAUGGGGUUUUUUUUGUUUUUUUUUUGUCAUUGUCAUUAUUGCUUUAAGAUUCAGCUAAACUGCAAUAUAUCAUUGGUGAUUAAUAUUUACAUUUUGAUAUUUUGAAUUGGUCAUGUUUAAGGUUUAUGUGAAAUUUGUAUUUUUUUUAACUCAAGGGCUACAAGAUAAAAUGUUGCAUAUGAGAAUAUAACAGAUUUUAAACAAAAGUUAGUCUUCAUUAGAGAUUUGAUGAAGUAUUUGGUCCAUAUUUAAAUGGACUGAAUAGCUUCAAAUAAAAGAUCUGCAGUCUUUUGUAUAGACUUGAAGACACUUGUAACAGUCAGAUGGAUGGAAUCCCCAAAUUGCCUCUCAUAUGACUUUGCUUUGUUCUUGUCUGAUUUGCAAAUUUCCUAUUUCUCCUCCUUCCUGGUGGCUCUUGGGCCAAAGAAUUUAUUUUUCAACAAAUAAAAAGCAUAAGUAUAUAUUGUUAA